AUGUUUCGUUGUAGAAUCUGUACCGAACCACCAUUUAGCCAUUUUUUUAAUUUGAGAAUAUUUAAUGGAUAUUUCUCUGACGAGGGGACUAAAAAAACGUCUUACCAGCUGAGUGAAGGAGAUUCCGUUUAUGACACUCAAUCAUAUGGAAGCUCACUUUUGGCCACUCCAUCCAACUUGAAUUCUUUUGAACCAAGAAGUUCUGAGGAAAUCAAUUCUAUUUGUCUCAAAUGGGAAAAAUGUGUACAUGAGAGAGGUAGAGAGUUUUGGAGGACUUCAGAAUGUUUGAUGGAGGUGCUUUCAGCAAUAGCCCGUGGAAUUAAUAAUAAUGACGACCCAAUAUUAGGUGAUCCCCAAAGAUGUAUAAUGUGGUAUGGACAAGUUUCAGCAAUUGAUGGAUGUCCCGUCAUAAGGAUGAAAAGACCAGAUGAGGUAGUUGAAACCCAUACUUAUGUAAACAGGGCCUUAGUAUUCUUAUAUGCUAGCGAUGAAUCCUUUGAGGAGUUACAAUUGAAGCCAAGAGUGGCAUUCAAUAUGGCUUGUGGGAACCGUAGAUGUGUUCACUUGCGUCAUAUAUCUUUGGAUGACUGA